AUGGAUCAGUGUGCACGUAUGUUUCUGCCACAAAGCACACACGUGUUUCUUGUUUCUGGGACUUCCUAGGUUUUGCAGCCUGGGUUUUUGUGUUUUCUGCAUAUUAACAUGGACAUGCUUAUUGCUUCAGAGAGGACAGCCAGUGAUUUGUACAGCAGUGAAGAGUUUGGCUUAUUUUAUUCCCAGAAGCUUUCACAAGUGCCAGCAACAUUAACAACAAAAUUAGACUGGCCGAGAUAUAUUACAGAACUUGAGAAUUUCUCGAAAAUGUCCAGCUCGGUCACGCCGACAAUGUGUGUGUGUUGUAUGUGGAACGAUGUUGAGCGGUAAAGACAAAAACAACUCCGCUGUCCUCACCACAGGUGCUAGUUUCCCACAUUGCUUAGUCGGCCACACCAAGAGAUUGAGCGCAGGCGUAUCUACAGUAGGUCUACAGCUGUUACAUAACCAUUAACCUGCACAUGCAUUUCUAUAAAUGAGAGGGAGGCAACGAAUGGGAGAUAUUUGAGGCUUGGAGCUGAAGGUGUUCACAACUCAGGAUGGAUAAAGGCUCCUGGAGAUGGACCCUGGCCCUUGUGGUGGUUUUGGUCAGCACAUACGCAGAAGCUUCAUUCUCCUGCCACAUGGAUGACUUCAUCCAGGCGGUGAAGCAGGUGGAGGACGCGGACCCUGGGUCAAAGCCAGCAGCUGUGUUGAAGAGGCUGCGCAAGGCAGCUGGCCUUAAUGAUGCGUUCAUUCAACACUUCCUCGGUGAUGCCAACUCUGGUGGUCCUGAAAUGGAUGCUGGCCUCUCAGUUUACAUUAGAAAGGCUGUGCAUCACAGGGUGACUGAGGACGCUAAAGAGGAAGGUGUGGCGCUGACUUCUGAUGGCACCACCGUUGCCCUCAUGCCCCUCCUCCUGGGCAUCGAGGCUGGUUUCCUCUCCAAGUCCAAGCGGAGUGACGGUGGCCUGUACCAGCUCACUCUGGCCAAAGACCUGGACCUUUCAUUCAGGCAGAGCUCCCCUCUCACCCAGCGCCUGGGUCCUGACGGCUGCUGGGACAAUCUGACCUCUCCUCAAGUCUUCACACUCUCAGGCAGCCCAUCUCCGCUCACCACCGCUCAGCUGAACGGAGGCAUGGACGGGGUGGUCCUAGGGAUGGAGGCCAAAUCCAGAAGUCCUCUGAAGCUCAGCGGCCUGCUGACAGAGUACUACUGCCACCAGCUGGGGAGCAGAGGACUGGACGCCGCCCCGCGCCUCAUCAGCAGACGCCGCAGGGAGAACUUCAGAGGGCUGGUCAGCCCUCCAGCGCUGGUCAGAAAGGUGGCGAAAUCAGCAGAGCUGCAGCGGAGACUGUCGGGGCGCUCAAAGAUGGACGUAAAGGAGAGGAAGCAGCUGAUGGCUGUGGUGAAAGAGGGAAUGAGAGAGUUUGUCCAGACGUACAUGGAUUGCCCACCCAUCAUACCUCGCUGUAUGUGGGGUGCGAAGCCGUACAAAGGAAGCCCCACCAACCUCUCUCUCCCUCUGUCCUUCAUGUUCAUCCACCACACUCACACGCCGAGCCAGCCCUGCCUGACCUUCCAGCAGUGCUCUGCAGACAUGCGCUCCAUGCAGCGCUUCCACCAGGAGGACAGAGGCUGGGACGACAUAGGAUACAGCUUCGUCGCAGGCUCUGACGGGAACAUCUACGAGGGCCGCGGCUGGCUCUGGCAGGGAGCCCACACCCUCGGACACAACUCCGUAGGCUACGGCGUUUCCUUCAUCGGAGACUACGUGGCCGGCCUGCCCUCCCAGCAUUCCAUGGGGCUGGUGAGAGAUCAGCUGGCAUCCUGCGCCGUUGAUGGCGGGCGACUGAUUGCCAACUUCACCCUGCAGGGGCACAGACAGGUGGUGCGCACUUCCUGUCCCGGAGAUGCUCUGUACAAUGAGAUCAGAGGCUGGGAACACUUCGGGGAGGUCAAGAAGCAAAAGUGAUCUGCCUGUCAAGCCGAGGAGCCCAAAGCUUCACACAACAAAUAUUUGUCUUAUUCUGAUCUUCUGAUUUCUGCUGUUUCUCUGACCUGCGCUGCAGGACAUCUGGUGUGAUUACUGUGAAAAGCAGGGGUGGGAAGUUAUUUCCAUGUUCUGCUGCUUUAUACUUCUACUCCACAACAGUUAUCUGACAGCUUUAGUUACUAGUUGCAUUACAGAUUAAGAUUUUACACACAAAACAGAUGUAAGAUCUAAAUUAUGAGGAGCUGUAUGAACUACACAUGGGAAUAUGACAGAUGAGUGUUAUCAGUAAUGAUGUGUCACAAUAUGAAUGCAGAAGCACAUAUACAAUGAUGAUGACACAGUGAAAGUUAUGUCCAUUGCAGUGCACUGUUUUCUCCUGCUACACAUGACACAUCACAUGUAAAAAGAGAACUUUGCUGACUGAUUUUGUUAGUUUACCAUUUAAACAUUAAAGUGAUGCACACAUGAAUUCAUCCAUAAUGAUCUCAUCCAAUAAUAACAUAAUAAUGAAUUAUUCUGAAAUGGGCCAGUCUGCAUCAUGAGUACUUUUACUGUUGGUACUUCAAGUAUAUUUUGACACGAAUACUUUUGUACUUUUACUCAAUAAAAAUGUUUGAAUGCAAGACUUUUCC